GCAAGAAGGAGAAGAAGAAGAAGAGGCGGCGAGAGACACUUUCUUGUUUUUCGAGAGAGCGGCUCGAUCAACUGCGGUGGCUGAACCUCCCCUGAUUAUUUACCAUGGCGGAUGAGCUUCCCUAUCGUGCCGAAUAUGCCAAAAGUGGCCGUGCUUCAUGUAGAGGAUGCAAGGGAAACAUUGCAAAGGACACAUUGAGGCUUGCAGCUAUGGUGCAGAGCCCAAUGUUUGAUGGGAAAGUACCACAUUGGUAUCAUCAGAUGUGUUUCUUCGCUAAGCAACGCCCAAAGACUGUUGCUGACAUUGCUCAUUAUGAUUCUUUACGAUGGGAAGAUCAAGAAAAGAUAAAAACUAAAAUUGAGAGUGGUGGCAGUGCUCCUCCUCCAUCUGGGAAGGGAAGUAAAGGCUCAAAGAAAAAGGGAAGUGUUCCUGGUGCUGGAGAUUACACAGUAGAGUAUGCUAAAAGUGGUCGUGCCAAGUGCAGGUUGUGCGAUGAUAAAAUUAAUAAGGAUGAAGUUCGGAUUAGCAAAAAAGAAUAUGAUAGUGAUAGAGCGAAAAUGUACGGACCUGUAGACAUGUGGCACCAUGUUGAUUGUUUUGUAAAAAAGCGAGAAGAGUUUGGCUUUUUUGACACUCCUGAUGUUAUUCCUGGGUUUAACUCAUUGUCUGCUGAUGACAAGAACAUGUUGAAGAAAAAGAUUAAGAAAAUGGAAGGGAAACGAAAGGCAGAGGAUGUCCCAGAUGCUGCUGUAAAGAAAAUUAAAACAGAAGAGGAGGAAAUUGUCCGUAAACAGUCAAAAUUGAUGUACAAGUACAGGGAUCAAUUGAAACACCUCAAGAAAAAAGAACUGACUUACCUACUUGAACACAAUGACCAGUAUCUACCAACAGGAGAGAGUAAUAUGCUUGACAUAUUAGUUGAUGUGAUGGCUUUCGGUGCAAUUGAUCCAUGCAAAAUAUGCAGUGACGGACGCAUGAAAUACGAGUCUGGAAAAGGAUAUGUUUGUAAAGGAAAUCUUACAGAAUGGACCAGGUGUACUAGUGUGUUAAAAGAACCUAGUCGGCGGAAGUUCCUGGUUCCUGAGGAGUUGAAAACAGCUUUUGAUUUCCUGGCAAAUUACAAGUUCCCAGGAGUUGGGAAAAGGAUUUGGAUUGAUCAUGGACCGUCAUCUGCAGAAGUUGCAGUCAAAAAAGAAAAUGGGGCUAUGAUGUCAGAUUCAGAGAAGCCUCUUGAAAGUAUGAAGUUUGUUAUUGUUGGUGAUAAAUUUUCCAAGGAGAAAGCUUCAAUGAAAGAAACCAUUAAAAGACUUGGUGGAGAAGUUGUUUCGAAGGUUGAAAAAAACACUGCAGCUGUUAUUACAACUCCAGAUCUAGUUGCUGAUCUCCAUAAGAAAGUUGCUGCUGCAAAGGAACUUAAUAUUCAGUGUGUCUCAGAAGAUUUUCUUGAGGAAGUGGAAAAAGGAGGAGCAUUGUUAAUGAUUCAGAAGAAAAACAUUGCACCAUGGGGAGGUGAUCCACAAGAUAGAGUCCAUUCAGCUAAGUCAUCCAAGUCAUCUAAAGCAGAGUCUAGAUAUAUCAAGAGUGUUCCUGAAAAGCAGAAGGUUAAACUCAAAGGAGGUGCAGCUGUGGAUCCAGACUCAGGGUUGGAGGACAAAGCCCAUGUUUAUCAGAGAGGAAGUAAAAUUUACAACUGCGUCCUUGGUAUGGUGAACAUUACAAAAGGAACAAAUUCUUAUUACAAGCUGCAAGUACUUGAAAGUGAUAAAAAGAACAGGUGGUGGGUUUUCCGUUCUUGGGGUCGAAUUGGAACUACUAUCGGCAAUGACAAGCUAGAGGAUAAAGAAGACCUUAAUGAUGCCAUAUCAACAUUUGAAGCUCUCUAUGAGGAAAAGACUGGUAAUCGAUUUUCAGCAAAGGAGUUCAAGAAAGUACCUGGUUGUUGGUACCCACUAGAUAUUGAUUAUGGUCAGGAUGAAGAUAUUGUUAAAAAACCCAUUGCUGCAGGGUCUAAAAGCAAACUAUCAAAAGCAAUUCAAGAGUUGGUUGCUCUAAUAUUUGAUGUGGACACCAUGAAAAGUGCUCUGGUGGAAUUUGAGAUUGACACCAAAAAAAUGCCACUUGGGAAACUCAGUAAGAAGCAGAUUGAAAGUGCAUAUAAGGUAUUGUCUGAGGCUCUCGAGUUCAUAAAAAAUUUGGAAGGCGUAGCUGAGGGAGAUGAUGCUGCUGCUACUGGAAUAAAGGCUCGACUACUUGAUUGCUCUAAUAGAUUUUAUACCUUAAUUCCUCAUGAUUUUGGCAUGAAGCAACCUCCCAUUUUGAACAAUGUGGACCUUAUCAAUUCCAAAAUAGGUAUGCUUGACAACUUGAGUGAAAUAGAGGUGGCUUACAAUCUCCUCAAAUCAGAAGAUGAUGAAGAAGACAAGAGUGCAGAUCCAAUUGACAAACAUUACCGUAAGCUUAAGACAAAGAUGGAAGUGCUGGAUCAUUCUUCGAGCGAGUUCAAGAUGAUUGAAAAGUAUGUUAACAACACUCACGCUACUACACAUUCCCAUUAUAAACUUGUUGUUGAAGAUGUCUUCAAAGUGGAAAGGCAGGGAGAGAAGAAACGGUACAAACCCUUCAGGCAGCUACACAACAGACAGUUACUCUGGCAUGGCUCCAGACUUACAAAUUAUGCUGGUAUUUUAUCCCAGGGGUUGCGGAUAGCUCCACCAGAAGCUCCUGUCACUGGAUAUAUGUUUGGAAAAGGAAUUUACUUUGCUGACAUGGUUUCAAAAUCAGCAAAUUACUGUUGUACAACAAGCUCUAACUCCACUGGCCUUAUCUUACUAAGUGAAGUUGCACUUGGUAAUAUGUAUGAGCGGACUUCUGCAGAAUAUGUUGAAAAGCUUCCUAAAGGGAAGCACAGCACCAAAGGUGUGGGCAGAACUCAUCCAGAUCCUAGCGAGACUAUCAAAUUGGAAGAUGGAGUUGAAGUUCCUCUUGGAAAAGGUGUCAAUGCAGAUGUUAGUAGAACCUCACUUUUGUACAAUGAAUACAUUGUAUAUGAUGUUGCUCAGGUUAACAUCAAGUAUAUGCUUCGGCUCAAAUUUAAGUACUCUUACUAGAGGUAACACUUCUCAAAAGACUAUAUUGAUAAAGUGUUGUGUUCCAGUUAUGCAACUGAAAGUGUAGUAUUCUUAGUUAAUUAACUUUUAUUAGUAAUUAUGAAAUUACAUGAAUAUUUUUGUAUAUUGAUUUAAAGCUGUUUUAAAGAUAAUUAAAAGAAUUCAGUUGAUAGAAAAAUUUCCUGUUUCCAAGAUUCUGCAGUUCUGAAAAAUGGUAAAUUGCCUGUAGGAGUACUAUGUUAUUUUGAAUAAAAGUAUAUGAAACUA